AUGGCUUUCAAACUUCCAGAGCAAAAAGAGGAUUUCUCCUGUCCUGUGUGCUGUGACGUCUUCAGGGAUCCUCUUGUCCUGUCCUGCGGUCACAGCGUGUGUAAGCUUUGUCUGCAGCGGUUCUGGGAAAAGGGAAUUCAGGAGUGUCCACUUUGCAGAAGAAAAUCUUCAAGAACUGAGCCUCCUUAUAACCUUGCGUUACAGAACCCGUACGAGACUUUCUUGCAAGAGAGAAGUCAGGGACCUUCAUCAGGGUCUGAGGAGUUCUGCAGUCUGCACAGUGAGAAACUCAUACUCUUCUGUCUGGAGGAUAAACAGCCUGUGUGUGCGUUUUGUCAGGAUUCAGAAAAACACAGAAAUCACAAAUUUAAUCCAAUAGAUGAAGCGGCUCCUCAUUACAGGGAGAAACUGAAGACUGCACUAAAGCCCUUAAAGGAGAAACUGAAAGUCUGUAACAAAUUUCAACAAAACUGUUAUGAAUCAGCAGAGUACAUUAAGAUCCAGGCCCAACACACAGAGAGACACAUUAAGGAAGAGUUUGAGAAACUUCACCAGUUUCUACAAGAUGAAGAGACAACCAGGAUAACUGCUCUGAGAGAGGAAGAGGAGCAGAAGAGUCAGAUGAUGAAGGACAAGAUUAAAGAGAUCAGUAGAGAGAUGUCAUCUCUUUCAGACACAAUCAGAUCUAUAGAAAAGGAGUUAGGCACCAGUGAUGUUUCAUUCUUAAUGAACUUCAAGAACACAAUGAAAAGAGCCCAGUGCACACCGCAGGAUCCACAGAUGCCUUCAGGAGCACUGAUCAAUGUGGCAAAGCACCUGGGCAACCUGAAGUUCAGAGUGUGGGAGAAGAUGCAGGAUAUUGUUCAAUACACUCCUGUGAUUCUGGACCCCAACACUGCAGCACCAUGGCUCAUCCUGUCUGAGGAUCUGACCAGUGUGAGACUCUCCGAUGAGAGACAGCAGCUUCCUGAUAACCCAGAGAGAUUUGAUUGGUAUACGUGCGUGGUGGGCUCUGAGGGCAUUAACUCAGGGACACACUGCUGGGAUGUUGAUGUUGGGGACAGUACACUCUGGGACAUGGGUGUGGGCACAGGGUCGAUCCCGAGGGGGGGAAAACUACUCUAUAACACUGGGUUUUGGUGUGUGUGUUUAAAUGAUGGUGAAUACAAGUCAAAGGCCUCAGGAGAGCUAUUUACUCCACUGACAGUGAACCAUAAACUCCAGAGGAUCAGAGUGGAACUGGACUGGGACAGAGGAAAACUCUCAUUCUCUGAUCCUCUAAAUAACACACACAUAUGCACCUUCAGACACACUUUUACUGAGAGAAUAUUUCCAUACUUUGCUACUGCCUGUAAACUCUCUCCUCUGAGGGUUUUACCAGUGAAGUGUUGUGUAACAGUGAAACAGCACAGUUAG